AUGGAUGAAUGUGACUUCAGCAUACACGAAGCAUGUGCAAAUGCACCUUGCAAGAAAUAUCAUGCAUUGAAUCCAUAUCCACUUACGCUAAAGGUCGUAACUUGUGAAAAUGAAGACAACGGAGGAUAUUUUUCUUGUGAUGCUUGUCAACGUGAGAGUUGUGGUUUCGUUUAUGAAAAUUUUGGAGGAGAGAAUGGUGGUUCCAGGUUUCGACUAGAUUUACGAUGUGCCUCGGUUUCUGAACCAUUUGAAUAUCUAGGUCAUGACCAUCCCUUAUACCUAGCUUUGAAUCCAGAAGAAGAAAGUGUGCUACCUUACCCUACAAGGCAAGAUAUCAACAUGACAAGCAUUUCCUCACAUUUUAUGAAGCGGAAGGGGCAAAUGAUCAUUCAGAGUGGUGUGAUGUAUGCGAAAGAAGAACAGAAAGGGUUCUAUUCUUGCGAAGACUGCUGCACCACUCUUCAUAUUGAUUGUUUGCUUGGGGAAGACAUGUAUAUGAAGCCUGACCACAAUAUAAUGUAUAAGAAGGGUUUCACCGGAUAUUAUAUGAAGCUUCAUAUUCUUCCCAACAAUACUUUGUCUCGGCCAUUUUGCAAUACGUGCAGGCAGCGUUGUCGUCAGAAAAUAGUUUUCAAAUACAAAGAACACUACAGAUUUUGUAAUGUAUCUUGCCUCUUGUAUAAUAAAAAGAUAGUCCGUUGA